AUGAAUACGAGGAAACACUUGUUAUCUGCAGCACGACUGAUUUUGCCCGCUAUUGGCUUGAGCCUUAUUUGCGCAGGGGCUUACAUGAAGUCUAUCCAAAGUCAACAACUGCAGAUUUUUAGAGAGGUUAUCACCUACCUCUUUAUCAUCCUGGGCUUCAUCCUGGUUGCCAUUGGCGUGCUGUGGUCUCUCGGGCACGGAAUGAAGAACGUGCUGCUGAAAUAUUCAGUGAGGAGGUGUAGAGAUGCGGAUUUCCAGAUUUUUACGGUGGACAGGUGUGACAUGUAUCCACCAUCAUAUGAGGAAUCUCAAAGCAGAAAUAUUGCUAUCGAGGAUGUCCCCACCAUCACCUCCAUUCCUACAGACAUGCGAUGGGCAGGCCCAGCUCCUCCAGUUUACUCGCAGACCUGCAACGGGACCUCCAUUGAGGACUUCAGUCAUGAAGAACCUCCUACAUAUCAACAAGCAGUGCUUCAAAGCCAGCCUGAUUCACAAGCUGUCCAAUUAGGUAUGCACAGUUCUGUAGAGCCGCUCUGAACAAUUGCUGUAUUACAGAUCUGAAAGUUUCAAUAUUCUUCAAGGACCUAAAUGGAUGAGAAGGCUGGGUAUUUUCCACUGACUUUAGUAUCACUGGGAGUAAUUAUACUGUGAGCCUUGCUCUAAACUUGGAUUAGGACUGAAGAGUAUCUCCAAAAACAUUUGAAAUAGAGGAUAAACUAAUCUGGCAAAAAGUCUAGUCUAGUCUUUAUAUUCUCUAAGAACAGAAUGUGAUUAAUGUAUGUAAUCUACAAAAGUGUUAAAAAAGGUUUUGUAGACAGAACUGGUCAAAAGUUAUUCAAAAUCACACAUGCACAUAAAAGUGUGCAUGCAUACUCAGACUGCAUAGAAUAUCUGUUGUUCUCUCGGAGCUCUGCCUCUGGAUCGUUAUUUUAAUUUCUAAUACUGCUAAGGUCUCUUUAGUGUUGAUAGGUCAAAAUGCAAAUAUGCCUGUUGUAUUUU